AUGAACAGACGCAGAUCCUUGGAAAACAACCUGAAGGAGCAUUCCAAAAAUGUAGGGGAGAAAUAUAAGGUAUUCAAGGAUAUUCGCAAAUACUUCUCAGAGAAAGAGUGGGCAAAGCUGGGAAACUCAGAAAAAAUAAUCUAUGUGUACAUGAAGAGAAACUACGACGUCAUGACUAGUCUAGGUCUCACGGCCCACCUACCAUCUUUCAUGCGCCCAAAGUAUCAGAACAGAAAGUCUCCUAAGCAUGAUUCCAAUGAAGCUCGGAACUCUGACUAUCAAAAAUUUCCUGAUACUUCAGGUGUCUCCCAGGACACAGGGAACGUUUACCAACAAAGAAGAACUCUGCCUAGUCACCUACGUUCUGAGGAACAUCCUCAGGAGGCUACCACCAUCCAACCAAGAAAACACCUGAAGUUAUCUCUCAAAUCUGAAGAACCACAGAGCCUUUCUCCCUGCACGGAUUGUUUAUAUCACCUUCGCAUGAGCAAGAUGCUUCCCGUGAAAGAAGCAAGUGAAGACAAUGACAUGAAGCCAGUACCAGUAUCACCAGACUCAGAGCCAGCUCAGAAACAGCUCUGCCCCCCGGGAAACCCCAUCUCCAUUAAGCAAUGCAUGUCUACCACAGGAUCCAGGAAAUGGAAGACUAAUGUCUGGGUCCACAGGCUGAAGGAAAGAAAGAACUAUGUUGUGUAUGAAGAGAUCAGUGACCCCGAGGAGGAAGAUGACUAA